AUGGACUCGUCACAGCAGCUGAAUAAGCCGCAUCGAGGCAACGAUGGUAAAAAGAAUACCGCAAAAAAGAAGUUGCACCAAAACGGCCACAAUGCAAAGGCUUUUGCGGUCGCUGCACCCAGAAAACUAGAAAGACAGGCAAGAAGAUCCCAUGAUGUGAAUGAGAAAAAGCUCCACGUCCCUAUGGUGGAUCGUACGCCAGAUGAUGAUCCUCCUCCAGUAAUUGUUGCUAUUGUUGGUCCUCCAGGAACUGGUAAAACUACCUUAAUCAAGUCUCUUGUAAAGAAAUUGACCAAGACUACACUCACAGAAGUUAAGGGUCCUAUCACGGUUGUCAGCGGAAAAAGACGUAGACUCACAUUCAUCGAAGUGAAAAACGACUUGAAUUCGAUGAUUGAUGCUGCCAAAAUUGCCGAUUUGGUUCUUCUCAUGGUUGAUGGUAACUUCGGUCUUGAGAUGGAAACCAUGGAAUUCCUCAAUAUUGCACAACAUCACGGUAUGCCUCGUGUUUUAGGUGUCGCUACGCAUUUGGAUCUUUUCAAGAGUCAGAGUACCUUGAGAACAUCAAAAAAGAGAUUGAAGCACAGAUUCUGGACAGAGGUCUACCAGGGAGCAAAGCUCUUCUACCUUUCAGGUGUCUUAAAUGGUAGAUAUCCCGACAGAGAAAUUUUAAACUUGUGUCGUUUCAUGUCGGUGAUGAAAUUCCGUCCUUUGAAAUGGAGAAAUGAGCACCCAUACAUGCUAGCUGAUCGUAUCACCGACCUCACUCACCCACAAAACAUCGCAGAUGAUCCAAAGUGUGACCGUAAAGUUGCAAUCUACGGUUAUUUACACGGAACUCCACUCCCGUCAACCAACGCCCAUAUUCAUAUUGCCGGUGUAGGUGAUUUCCAUGCACAUUCUGUUGAGAAGCUUCCUGAUCCAUGUCCAACGCCAUACUUCGAGCAAAAGCUUGAUGAACUCGAGAGAGAGAAAGCGAAAGCCGCAGCGGAAGCUGGUGAGCAAAUUGCUGUCACUCGUAGAAGAAGAAAGCGUUUGGAAGAUAAACAGAAAAUAAUCUAUGCUCCAAUGUCUGAUGUUGGUGGCCUUUUGGUCGACAAAGAUGCCGUUUACAUUGACGUUGGUGAUAAGCAAUCUUUUGUUAGUGGAGAGGAGCAAGGUGAAGGUGAAAGACUUGUCACCGGCUUGCAAAAUGUUGCCAAAACUACCACUGAACUUUUCGAGGAGGGCCCUGGUUUGCAAUUGUUCUCAAACUCCAAAGAGAUUGACCGCAAUGGCCAAAUGGAAGAAGAUGACAACUCUGAUGAUAUGGAAAGCUCUGAUGAUGAGCACUCCGAGACAGAGCUCACUGGUGCUAGCACCGGAAGAACUGCUAUGAGAAAACCAAGAAUCUAUGGUAAGUCUAUUCUGGAAGACACUGAAUUUGAUGACGUUUCGGAUGGCGAGGAAGAAGAUGGAUUUUCUGACGAUGAUGGCCACAGACGCGAGAAAGUCAGUAUUGAUUUCGGAGAGGCCGCUGAGGGCGACUUGGCAUUUGUGGAGGACUCUUCGUUAUCUUCCGACGAAGAAAAUGAUUACGCAAGAAUGGCAUCCAAACUCAAAGGUACUGUUCAACGUCGUUGGAACCUCAACAAACUUCUAUAUCUCGAUAACAUAGAGCCCUCCGAGGUCGUGCGCAGAUGGAAGCAGGAAUUCGUAGAGGACGAUGAAGAAGAAGAGUCAGAUAUCGAAGAAGAAGACUUCUUCCAGAAGAAAGACACUGCUACUGUUUCCAAGGACCUUGAUACAUUUAUUCCAUCGUACCCUGACUUGGAGGCACUCAAACAAAAAUUCAAUCCUGGAAGAACCGAAGAUGACAGCGAUGAAGAAUACGAAAAUGGUUUCCAAAUUCUCAAAGGCCGUUUGCUUGUUGCCCCCAAACUUUCCGACAAUGCUGAAGAAGAUGGCGAUGCUGAAGGUGACGAGGACGAAGAGUUGUACGGCGAUUUCGAAGACUUGGAAGAUGGUGAUGGAGAAAUGGACGUUGAAGAUGGCGACAAUGGCGCAUCUGAUGAAGAUGAGAGCGACUUCGCGGAUUUCGAGGCAGAGGAACAAAAGGCCGAAGAACCAGAGGAUGAGAACUUGACAAUCGAGGACAAGAGAGAAUUAAACGCCGCUAAGAAGGCUAAGCUCAAGAUGCAAUUCGAGGCCGAAGAGGACCGCGAGUUCGGUGCCGACGACCCUGAGGGUGACAACGAAGCUGACACAUGGUAUGAGUUCCAAAAGAACAAGAUUGCCAAGCAAUUGGAAAUCAACAAAGCGCAGUUUGAGGAAAUGGACCCCGAAACUCGUAUUAAAAUCGAGGGUUACCGUGUUGGAUCGUAUGUGAAGAUUGUGUUCGAUAGAUUGCCUUGCGAGUUUGUUAACAACUUGAACCCCGAAUAUCCUAUUGUUCUUGGAGGUUUGCUCUCGACCGAGUCUCGUUUCGGUAUCAUGAAUGUCAGAAUUAGAAGACAUCGUUGGCACAAGAAGAUUCUCAAGUCACAAGAUCCACUCAUUCUUUCAUUGGGCUGGCGUCGUUUCCAGACCAUUCCGAUCUAUACCACUUCGGACUCCAGAACAAGAAACAGAAUGUUGAAGUAUACACCAGAGCACGCAUAUUGUUUUGCAUCCUUCUACGGUCCUUUGGUAGCCCCCAACACCACAUUCGUGGGUUUCAAUAUUGUUGACCAAAGCUCUACGACUGGCUCUUUCAGAGUGGCGGCAACAGGUGUUGUUGAGGAUCUCAAUUCCUCAGUUGAGAUUGUCAAGAAGCUUAAGUUGGUGGGACAUCCAUACAAGAUUUUCAGAAACACAGCCUUCAUCAAGGAUAUGUUUAACAACUCUCUAGAGGUUGCUAAAUUUGAGGGAGCGGCGAUCAGAACUGUUUCCGGUAUCAGAGGAGAAAUUAAAAGAGCUCUUUCGAAACCAGAUGGAUACUUCCGUGCUACUUUUGAGGAUAAGAUUCUUAUGUCAGACACCAUUUUCUUGAAGACUUGGUACCCAAUUAAGGUCAAGAAAUUCUACAAUCCAGUGACAUCGAUGCUUCUUCAAGAUCACGAACAAUGGAAGGGAAUGAGACUUACUGGUCAAGUCAGAGCUGCAAACAACAUCGCCACACCCUUACAGAAGGACAGUGCUUACAAGAAGAUCGAAAGAGAGGAGAGAAGAUUCAACAAAUUGAAGGUUCCUAAGAGCAUCAAGAUGAACUUGCCAUUCAAAUCUCAGAUCCAGGAAAUGAAGCCACAAAAGAAACAAAGCUACAUGGCCAAGAGAGCCGUUCUCGUAGAUGGUGAUGAGAAGAAGGCCCGUGAUUUGAUGAACAAAAUCCAUACAUUGAAAAAGGAUAAAGAUAAGAAGCGGAAGGAGAAGAAGCAGGAGAAAUUCAAGGACAGACUCAAGGUCAUUGCCAAGAAGGAAGAAGUGAGAAAGGAGAAGGAGAGAGAAAGAAAGAAGGAAUACUUCUCGAAGGAGGGCAAAAAGAGACUGCUUGACCAAGCCGAUUCUGGCUCCAAUGCUUUUGGCAAGAGAAGAAAGUAG